GCGUGGCCAGCCGGUCGGGAGGACAGCAGGAGUGAGAAAAAGAAGAAAAAGAAAAAGCAGGAGUGAAAACGGAAAUCCAGACUUUAGACACAAUCGAGUGUGUAAAGAGCUGUUACAGAGGGGGAAAGAAACAAGUCUAGGAGGAAAACUAAACUUAAAAAACUAGUAAAGUCGUGAGCGCGCGCGCAGCGGAGGAGGAAAACGCCAUGAUUGAGAUGGAGAACUCGGUACCGUACGAUAACGGCUUCUAUCAGGAAGAGUACAUGAUGCAGGAAGAGGAGUGGGACCGAGACAUGCUGCUGGACCCGGCCUGGGAAAAACAACAGCGCAAGACGUUCACUGCGUGGUGUAACUCCCACCUGCGAAAGGCUGGCACCCAGAUCGAGAACAUCGAGGAAGACUUUAGGAACGGCCUCAAACUCAUGCUGCUGCUGGAGGUCAUCUCAGGUGAGCGGUUACCCAAACCCGACAGAGGGAAAAUGAGAUUUCACAAAAUAGCCAACGUGAACAAAGCUCUGGAGUUCAUCACCAGUAAAGGGGUCAAGCUGGUCUCCAUUGGCGCUGAAGAGAUCGUAGAUGGGAACGUGAAGAUGACUCUCGGAAUGAUCUGGACCAUCAUCCUGAGAUUCGCCAUCCAGGACAUCUCCAUAGAAGAAACCUCGGCUAAAGAAGGCCUGCUGUUGUGGUGUCAGAGGAAGACGGCUCCUUACAGGAAUGUUAACGUCCAGAACUUUCAUGUCAGCUGGAAGGACGGCCUGGCGUUCUGCGCCCUCAUCCACAGGCACAGGCCCGACCUCAUCGACUACGCCAAGCUCAACAAGGACGAUCCUCUGGGGAACCUGAAUCUGGCGUUUGACGUGGCGGAGAAACAUCUGGAUAUUCCCAAGAUGCUGGACGCAGAAGACAUUGUGAACACUCCUAAACCUGAUGAGAGAGCCAUAAUGACCUACGUCUCCUGCUUCUACCACGCUUUCGCUGGAGCAGAACAGGCUGAGACCGCUGCUAACCGCAUCUGUAAAGUUCUGGGGGUGAAUCAGGAGAACGAGAAGCUCAUGGAGGAUUAUGAGAGACUGGCUAGUGAGUUGUUGGAGUGGAUUAGGCGUACCACCCCGUGGUUGGAGAACCGAGUGACGGAGAAGUCCGUGGCUCUGAUGCAGCGUAAGCUGGAGGAUUUCCGUGAUUAUCGUCGCCUUCACAAGCCUCCCAAAGUGCAGGAGAAAUGUCAGCUGGAGAUCAACUUCAACACGCUGCAGACCAAACUGCGCAUCAGCAACCGGCCUGCCUUCAUGCCCUCUGAGGGGAAGAUGGUGUCGGACAUAGCGAGUGCGUGGCAGGGUCUGGAGCAGGCGGAGAAAGGCUACGAGGAAUGGCUGCUAACAGAGAUCCGCAAACUCCUGAGGGUUGACCACCUGGCUGAGAAAUUCCACCAGAAAGCCACCACUCAUGAGACCUGGGCUUCAGGUAAGGAAGAGCUCUUGGUGAAGAAGGACUACGAAUCUGCUUCACUGAUGGAAGUACGAGCUUUGCUGAGGAAACACGAAGCGUUCGAGAGCGACCUCUCGGCUCAUCAGGACAGAGUGGAGCAGAUCGCUGCCAUUGCACAGGAACUUAAUGAGUUGGACUAUCAUGAUGUGGCAGCAGUAAAUCAGAGGUGUCAGAGUAUCUGUGAUGUGUGGGACAAACUCGGGACUCUCACCCAGAAACGCCGCGAAGCACUGGAGAGGACCGAGAAGCUUCUGGAAACAGUGGAGCAGCUGUUCCUGGAGUACGCAAAGAGAUCUGCUCCCUUCAACAACUGGAUGGAGGGAGCCAUGGAGGACCUGCAGGACAUGUUCAUAGUGCACACUAUUGAGGAAGUCCAGAGUCUCAUCACAGCCCACGAACAAUUUAAAGCCACUCUCCCAGAGGCGGACGCAGAGAGACAGGCCAUCCUGGGCAUCCAGCAGGAAGUGCAGAAGAUUUUCCAUAGUUACGGUAUCCGUGGCGACCUUAUCAACCCCUACAGCACCAUCAGCCCUGAGGAGAUCAUGAGCAAGUGGGACAAGGUAAAGAAGCUGGUUCCUCAGAGAGAUAGCGCUCUGCAGGAGGAACUAGCGCGCCAGCAUGCUAACGAGAGGCUCCGGCGUCAGUUUGCUGCCCAGGCCAACAUCAUCGGGCCCUGGAUCCAGACCCGGUUGGAGGAGAUUGGCCGAUGCUCCCUGGAACUGGGCGGGACUUUGGAGGAUCAGAUGACUCACCUGAAGCAAUGCGAGCAUGUGAUCGUCUCCUAUAAACCCAACAUUGAUAAACUGGAGGGAGACCAUCAGCUCAUCCAGGAGUCGCUCAUAUUCGACAACAAACACACCAGCUACACCAUGGAGCAUAUCCGUGUUGGAUGGGAGCUGCUCCUGACCACCAUCGCUCGCACCAUCAACGAGAUCGAGACUCAGAUUCUGACUCGAGACGCCAAAGGCAUCAGCCAGGAGCAGAUGAGCGAGUUCCGCUCCUCAUUCAAACACUUCGAUCGGAAGAAGAACGGUGCGAUGGACACUGAUGACUUUAGGGCAUGUCUCAUUUCAAUGGGCUAUGACCUGGGAGAGGUGGAGUUUGCCCGGAUCAUGCUGCUGGUUGACCCAAAUGCUACCGGAGUCGUCACCUUCCAGUCCUUCAUCGACUUCAUGACCAGAGAGACUGGAGACACGGACACGGCAGAUCAGGUGGUCGCUUCCUUCAGGAUCCUUGCUGCAGACAAGCCGUACAUCCUGAUAGAUGAGUUGAGACGGGAGCUUCCUCACGACCAGGCUGAGUACUGCAUCUCCAGGAUGCCUCCGUACACCGGACCCGGGGCCGUACCGGGAGCUCUGGACUACACCGCCUUCUCCACCGCCCUCUACGGCGAGAGCGACCUUUAACCUCACACACACAAACACAUAUGUGUACACACACACACACACACACACAAAUAACUAUGAGGACAAACAGAUCACCAGUGCUGUUCCAUAAGGAUGAAAUAUUUUGUAUAAAAUUUUAACCAGAAUUGAUUUUGUUAGACAACAAAAAUUUGGAGAAAGAAAAUUUGGGUUUGAUUCUCUGGAUUAAUCCCACAAUCCUUUAUAUAUAGAUGGAAAUAUUUACCACAGUCAUGAAUGUAUUGAAUUUAAACACAGUGCUGUAGCUCAUGAAAAUGUGUCACAUGCAGAGAUAUGCUCGUGUGUGUGUGUGUGUGUGUGUGUGUGUGUGUGUGUGUGUGUGUGGUAAUAUUUCCACUAAUAGCCGUUUCCAAUGAUAACACCUCAUACUAAAGCAUCAUCUUCAUACAUAUACAGAGAGCUGCAGGGACGCCGUACGUCUGUGAUCAUCACUCUGGUUUCCUCAACAAACCUCCAGUAGGAUUUUCUUUCCACCAGCUUUUGGAUUAUUGUAGAAAAUACGCUCUGUAAACAAACGUCGAUCAUUUUUACAAAUCUUUUUCCUCAAGAUGAUCAACUUUUAUAAAUUUUGAAGCUUAAAUCUAAUCAGUAAACAAGCUCCGCCUCACACACAGCCACAUGACUUCAACAUCAUCACCUCCACUGAGCUUCUCUUUCUCUUCCACUCUUUAUUUAGAAUCAUCUCUCCUGAUCAGCUCUUCUGCUGUUUUACUGAAUGAAUCUGACUCAAUGAACAGUUUUGAAAGUGUGUGUGUGUUUGUAUGUGUGUGUGUGUGUGUUAUUAGUAGAAACACAAAGAGGCUGCUGUAGUAAUACGGAGUGAUGAUGUUUAAUGCCCCUGACCUUCUCUAUAGCCACUCGUUCACGUCACCACCGCCUCUUUCAAGACUUGAAACAUGACGUGUUGUAGAAUAAAACAUGAAAAUAUCUGGAAGUGAUUUGAUAUUUCAGGUAUUUAGCCAAAAGAAAUCUAUUCAAAUAAACCGUCGACUUCAGGACCAGGGAACAGGAAGUGAACUCGUUCCUGCAGCACUCUAUAGACAGCAGGGGUGUGUGUGUGUGUGUGUGUGUGUGUGUGUGUGGUUUAAAAUGACAAAACUACAUUUUCAAUUUAUUGUUCAUAAAUGAUAAGAAUCAAACCUGACUAAUAUUCAAAACGCUCUUUUAGCACGCUUCAUCUAGCCAGUUGUGAGACUCCUCUAACAUCACACCAUACUGUAGCAUUACAAAGAAUUUACCAUUGAACUAUUUUGUCAGUGUGGAAAUAAAAAGAUUGAAAAAACA